GUAAGAACAUUUUGGUGACUUGUCAGGUCUAGGAAAACUCAAACAGAACAGUUAAGGUCUCAGUGAUGACCCUGCUCCUUCCUCCAUCUUCUCUUUCAUCUCAGUGGAGUCGAAGCGAAGGAGGACAUCUCAGGAGGAGAGAGAGGAGGAGACGGCGAGGAGGAAGAUGAAGAUGGACCCCCUCUUUUAUAAAGACUACAGCAUCCCUCCCUUCAAUCCUGACAGCCCUGUCGGCAUGGAGUUUCUGGUCCCCAAGUCAGGCUUCUUCUGCAAGGUGUGUUCUAAGUUCUAUAGCGGAACUGGCGAGGCUGAGAAGAACCACUGCAAGACCCUCAAACACCAUCAGAACCUGGAGAAAUCCCUGGAGAAGUGGAGAGUGAAGAAAGACUGACUCCAUGAUGAGCUGAAGAGUUAAAUAUUGACUGUCUGUGUCCCAACCACGGACUGAUUCAUUCCUGUCUUAACUCUUUUCCCACUUCCUUGUUUUUGUUUUUCUUCCCCAUGGGUCCAAUCUCACUCACUCACUCACUCACACUCACUCACUCACUCACUCACUCACUCACUCAUUUAUAACUUUUUUGUUUUUUUGUUAGUUAUUUUCCCAUGAUAUAGAAGAGAAGUGACUCAAUAGGGAGAAAUUAAAGUAGAAACCAGUGUACAAUGAAAAUAAAGUGUUUUAUUCAA